AUGCCCUAUCGGACCUUCGCCACUCGUAGCUCGCGACCGAGCGAGCGGUUUGAGCAAUUGAGUCGUGGCAAUAGGGGAAGUGGAGGAAAGGGCGACUCAUCCUCUCCCAAAACCACUACCUCUUCAAGAAAGCGCGUCAAUGUCGUUACUUUUCGGCCCUCUCCCUCCCCUGUUGAUGAAAUUGAAAAGAAUGAAACACAGGCUUCUCCUCUGGAACUGUCUCGUGGUGCCAUUACUCUCCGUCCUUUUUCUUCCACAUCGAAAUCUGGUGCUGUUCCCAGGCGCGAAUUUCGAGCAGUUGCGAUGGGGAGCCCCGCCUCUGCUCCCAUAAUUUCACCAAAGUUUAGGCGGGUAGGCUAA